AUGGCCCACGUCCAUGGUAUUUUGACAGCCCUUCCUGUCAUCAAGCCUUCUACAAACUCCGCCAGCAAGGCUUAUGAUACCUCCAUUAGACAACACAUCGCCGUACUGGCCAAGCGUGCGGCCGAAAUACGAACCGCCGUCUUGAGCAGUCCAGAGCCGUUCCUUCAAGCUCUCGACCCUGCGGUACACUCAAUCGGCUACCUCGUCGUUCUGGAUAUUCUUUUCCAGCUGCCUGACCCUACGACGCUGAUCCCACAAGAAACCCUGCUCGACAAAGUGGUGGACUUUGUUUUGCAUGUUGACGCCAUACAAAUUCGAUACUAUGGGCAGCCUGUGCGUUCGCUUCUCGAAAACAUAGGCAGCGCCAGGUUCUUCCCGCCGGCUACGGCCGUGACAUUACUGGUGACUGCCAUGCUACGUAUCGACCCGAGCGCAACCGUCUUUACCUCGACCCAUCUCCUCUUGGCCAAGCUCGCGUACAGUUCAAAUACCGUAGCAGCAGCCUUGGACAUUUUCGAUGCUGAUAUCCUCUUCUACCCUAACAUGGGCCCCUCUAGAGAUGGUAGACUAUUGUGUGAGCCAAGUCUAGCGCCGGCUUCCUACAUGUCAACGCAGACCGGAUUGACGGAUGAUGUCAAGCAAUCAACAGUCUUGGAAUACGACCACAUUCGCGGCCUUGCCUACAUGUCUAUGAGGCUAUGGUCCAAAGCACGGGAAGCAUUUGAGAAGGUGAUGUCCCAUCCAUGCAGGGAAAGAAGUAUCAGCAAAAUCAUGGUGGAAAGUCACAAGCGAUGGAUCUUGUUGGGCCUUCUCAGCCAAGGCAAACCUCCGACGGUCCCCAGCUACACAUCCGCAUCUGCCAACGCGUGCUACAAGACGACAGGAAAGUGGUACGUUGCCAUAGCAGAAGCCUUCAGCAAUGGCGAUGCGCAGAGGCUCAAGUCCCACAUUGAGGAAAACACGACGCUCUGGGAAGAGGAUGGCACCAGCAGUCUCGUCUCCGAGAUUCUCUCGGCGUAUCAAAAGUGGCAGAUAAUUGGAUUGCGCCAACUGUAUCAACGAGUUGGCAUAUCGCAGGUCCGAGAAACGACUCUCAAUGCGGUGACAGGAGAGCCGUUGGCCAACAACCAAGAGGUGCUCGCAUUGGUUGGCGACAUGAUUGAGUCGGGCAUGCUGGAUGGGCAAAUCGAACAGGACGGCCAGGAAAACUACCUAUCAUUCCGGGAGAACAGUGACAUAGUAUCCGAAGCAGAGUUUGCUGCACAAAUCGCACACAGCCACCACACGAUUGACUUGCUUAGCAAGCAGUAUCAGUCGAUGAAUGAGCGACUGAGUGGAAGCAAGGAAUAUGUGAAGCAUCUACUGAGAGACCAAAAGCGGGCAGACAAGGAUAAUACGGAUGCUGGCAUUGGUUUUGAUUCUCAAAUAGAGGAUGAGGAUUUAAUGGCUGGCAUUGUGCCCAAUGCUUGA